AUGCAACACAGGUGUCACCGUGACGCUGGAGAACUUCCCAGGCAGCUUGUGCCAGGGCCCUUCAUCCUGCUGACCGGCAGGACGGAGCCUGGCUGGUCAGCGAAAGGGUCACGGCUGGAAGUUGCAGCCAAGCUGUGGAAAAAAAAAAGCUAAAAUGGAGCCACCUUCACCAGAGACAUCCUGCGCUUCUGACCCAGAGGAGCCAGACUGGUGGGCGACUUCAGCUUCUCCUGACCAGCCAGGAGGUGGUACGGGAACAUCCUGGGAUGAUGCCACUGGACCUCUCGGAGAAGAAAACACCUUUCAAGGUUUGCCUGAUGAAUCCUGGACCUCCAUCAUAUGGUUUUCUUUCUCAGAGGAGAGCUCUGCCAACACCAACCAGUCUUCAGCCUGCUCCUUCCUCAAGAAGCUCUGGAAGAUCGUCAGCAGCCAUCACUUCCAGUCAAUCUGGUGGGGUGAUGAUGGAAACUGCAUCGUGAUCGCAGAAAAACUCUUCAAAAGGAAAGUGCUGGGGAGGAGGGGACCCCUGAAGAUCUUUAAAACCGAGUCCAUGAGAGGCUUCAUUUUCCAACUUAACCUCCAUGGAUUCUGCAAAAUGGAAGGGGAUUCUCUCAUAUCUGCCUCCAUCGAGGAGGUGCGAGCAGUAGCAGCAGCAGGUUCUGCUCUGGGCAAGCUGCUCUUCUACCACAACCCCUUUUUUAAGACAGAUUGCCCUAACCUCCUCUGGAUGUGCAUGCAAAGUGCUGGUGAAAGAAAGAGAGCCCCCGCUGCAUCCCCACAGGGCCCCAACUUGAAGGACGACCACCCAAGAAGAAGACGACCUGAUGCUCAGCCAGCGGUAGGAGCGGAGGAGGAGGAGAACGACACCCAGACAUCUGCAACCACCAGCUCCACACCGACCGAGCCACGGGCUGACACAACCGCCCAGACGGGCAGUGCCGGUCCAUCCCCACCAAAACGGCACUGCAGCCACAGCCCCGCUGGCAGCCAGGAGGCAGCUCCUGCUCCAUCCAUGGCUUCACCACACCGUGUCACACCUCCUGCCCCAAACAGUCCCUUCACCCUAGCCAUGGGACUCCCCACAUUUCCACCUGGGCAGCCAAAAUUCGUUGCUGUGCAGGUCCCCGGGGCUGGCCUGCCUCCAUUCUGCGCUCCAUGGUUUGCGAUGACCACACUGGCAGCACCAUCUGCCGUUCCCGUGCCAGGGCCACCGCACGGCCAAGCUCCAACCCACCGCCACUGCCCGACCUGCACCUGCGGACCAAACACCGCAGCUGCCGGCGACAGGGUUGGACCUCAGUGGGGGCUGGACUAG